UGUAUCCUAAUUCAUCAUCGCCAACAACGGAGGAGGCAGUAGUAUGACGCGUUCCCCAGCCGAGACACAGCGACUCCUUCCCCGCUCCACAACACUAGCCGCCCCACAGGUCCAAACCACCGUUGGACAUCGAACGCACGCUCAUGGAAUGAUCGCGAUGACCACUUGCCUCGUUGUCGUUUGCCUCGUCGGUGGCGUUCAGUGGGGGGCUGCCUCGGCGUUUGCCAGCAUCGCAACACUGUCCCAUGAUUCCGCGCCCACCGGCGCUACUACGAAACUUGACGUGUACGAUCACGUGUCAUUUCCAUUGGACUGCUCGUUCCACCAGUACACUCUGUCGGCGGACGACGAUGGUCUGGCGUACGUAUCAGGGGAUGGUCGUUCCUACCGAAGCGAUCACACUAACUUGUUUGGCCGAGGCGUCACGGGAAAGAUCGUAUCUGUGGAUGCAAACGCGUUUUUGAUUCGAAGUAAUGGCGAAUGCUGCCGCUUCAUGGACUCGGGCGACGAAAUUUUGCUGCGGCCGACCUCGUUUUACAACUACCGCGCCGUCGGGAAUGCCGCGUUCGAUACGGCCAUGGCGACUUUGUGCGUGUGCUUUUAGGGUCGACCCCGAGCAGGCGAGCAUGUUCUGGCUCAACUCUGACGGCCUGCCCUUGAGGUGGGACUACAUCCCGAAAUCCCCCACAGGCCGACGCAUCGCGGCUGGGAAAAUGAUGUCCAUGGUCUUUACAAACUUUUCGUUGGGUCCCCAGGACAGAACCCUCUUUGACGUGCCUGCCAUCUGCACCACGUCCCAGCGCUGUCGCUUCGAUUAAUACCACCCCCACCCCCACUAGUUGGUUGUUGUCGAGGACGCCAAAGGACAACAAAGUGCAUGCGAGCCAUGGAUAUUUCUACGGGAUCGCUGCAUAUCUUAAAAAGGGCCCGCCUUCAGCGUUCGAUCGUUCACGUUCUCAUGUCGACGACAGGCUCUUGUACGUCACGACUCCGGUGUGCAGCUUGAGCGCGUCACCGUGGCGAAUCGGUGAACCUGACGGUGUGGAAAACACGUACGGCAGCGUAAAACAAAACAAGCUAUCGGGAGCGAGGUGGUCCAUUUGGCUGGACAACACCACGUCUUGGUCUUCCGUC